AUGUCUUUCAACUUACUUGUGGAGUUUGCUCUACACUUUACGUCCUUUCGAAACAUUGACCUCUUGCAACAAGGCAUUUACCAUGUUAAAGCCCAGCUGGUUCUCCACCCUCGCUCCUCUCUCCUUCUGCCGGUGAGCGGCCACGCGAGUUCUCCAGGAAGCGACGAUGCCGAGGCGCCAGGCAGUCCGCGCACUGCCUCACUGCCCCACGCACCUGGAGGCGGCGUCGUGGCGUCACCCGACCAGAGAAGCGCGACAGGCGCGUCUUCUCGAGUCCGUCUUGGCGAUGCAUCUCGCAGGGGCGAAGCGGAACGCACGGCCUCCCAGAGCGCCGAGUCCGAUCCACUUCCCGGCGCUGCGAGCGCCUCGAACGACGUCUGCCUCCGGCGCUUGCUGACCAGCCGCAGCCGAUGCGCGCUCGCUGCAGUCCCGUACACCUAUUUCUCGUCCCCUCUCGAGCAAGACGAAGGCACGCAAGCUGCCAGUGGCGGCUCCAGCAAGGUCCUGAGUGGCGUCUCUUCGCGGGUGAGGUGCGCGGAGGAACGACUCCAGGAACGGAAGUUCCGAACUGAGCAACAGCAGCACUGGGCGUACGGGCGCGGGGCCGCGGCCAGGAGGCCAGCGAGAGACGCGAACGAGGCUGUCCUUCUUCUGCUGCAAGACGAGCAGCAAGGCGCCGAACCGGCCGAAAGUCGGGAGGCGUCCGCCUGGGGAAUUCAGCACAAACGCGCGGGCGAAGGGGAAAACCGGAACUGCCAUGCUCUGGUUCCUCCAAAGAUCAACGAGGUGGACAAUUCGUUCUCCACGAGAGGCUUUCUCAUCCGAUACUGCGACGAGCAGGUUGCGCUGUCCGAUACCGUCUGCUUCCGCGUGGAAGUCCCCUUCUCGUCUCCGGCCGCGCUCACCCACAUGUUCGCUCUGCUGCAGCUUAGCCUCUGGUUCACGCCUCACUUGCCCCAUCCCGCGUCGCACAACCCCGAGCGAAGUGACCAGUCGGCAGGCAGUGGAGGGAAGGCGCGGGGAAACAGCGACAGGGACAGCGAGAAGAGGGCAGAGUCGAGCAGACGGGCGAGUGCGAAUCGGAGCAGAGAGCCCGCGCCCAGCUCCGCGGCCGCGUCUUCCCCGAGUGAAGCGGCUGGGGCUGCAGCGGGGCCGGGGCAGUCUUCGGGGGUCGGGGAUCGACCGCGCACCCAGGCGGGAGUGCACGCCGCGCCGUCGCGAGGCCAGGAUGCUGGAUCUCGCCCGGGGCCCGAAGGGAAAGAGGGGCGGAGAGAAGACGGAAGCCGAGCGAGUCGCGAUGCAGAUUCCUCGUGUCUCGCCGUAAAAUUCCUGCUCCUCAGCAACUUCCUCACGGGUCUCCAGGCGUUUGUUCCCGUCAUUUUCGAUGAAGGCCAGUUCGCGUUGGUGCACAUGCUCCUCAUUGCCUCUGUAGUCGACAUUCGCCUUCGUCUGCGUCCGAGUCUUCCCCUCUCUCCCUUCCCGCUUCCCGUGUCUCCGCACUUCCGCGAACAACGCCGCUGCGCGUUGCAUCAGUUCCACCGAGUCUUGCAGAAAUGCUGCGCGAGUCAGGGCGCUGGCCGCGAAGGGCCGGGCGAUGUGCGGGCUCGUGGCGACUCUGGGAAACUCGACGCGCCUCCGCGCCACUCGCGAGGAAGCGAGACUUCCCGCCGCGUUCCACGUGGCCAUGGCCCUGGCAGGCUGGUGCUGAAAAGCGUCGACGGCGACGGCGCAGCGGCCUUGGCGCAGGCGCAAAGCGGCGAGUGGAUCGACGAAGAAUUCGAAGACGAAGACGGGUGGUCAGACUUGGAACCAAGCUCCACGCGGCAACGCUCCGUUUUCUUGGACCACGAGGAACCUGGGAGUCCCACCGGGAACGCCAGGCGAAGGGACGCCGACCAGCUCGGGCCCCCGGAUCUUCUUCUGACCCUGGACCCGUCCCUCUCUGCUUUCCUGGUGGGGGCGGGGACCGCCUUUGCCGAAGCGGGCGGCGCAGUUUUCUCCGCCAGCUCCGCACGUCGCCGGGGCCGCCUCGGUGCGACAGGACAUGCCAACGAAGUGACUGCUGCCGCAGCGAAUGCAGCCGGCGCCGCGCGGGCGUGGCUCGGUGAACGCGGUCGCGUCGGAACGCCCGUGCCUCCGCAGCCCCGCUGUGAGACGACGCGCGAAGACGCCGGCUUCGACGAGGAAAGCUUGCUCGGAGGUGCGGCGGCGCUCCAUGCGGCGUGUCUUCAGCUGUUGCUGGACGUGUACUUGAGGCUGGCUGCGGCCUCGGCGAAGCUCUUUGCUCGGUGUCUGCUACCGGAGAGGCGACAGCUCCUUCUUCCUUUGCAGCAUAUCGACGGCCUCACUCUGCCCGGAGGCGGCGUCCUGGACGCCUCGGGCGCGUCCUUUCGGGAUCCGCCGGAUCUCCUUGCUGAGAACAAAGUCGCGGCAGGGUCACGAGACGACACCCCGCCGCCAAUGGCCAGGAGUGGGUGCGCGGACAACUUCAUGCGGCUCUUGAUCAGUCAGGACUGCACACCGAGGAGUCGUCGCUGCUCCAGCAACAAAACAGCUGGGAGCAAUGGACGCCGCGCGGAGGGGGACAGGCCGCAAUUGGAGACAGACCGUUCCGGCAGCGGAGUCAUCCAGGGUUCUGAGACUGAGGCAUGGGCUGACACAGAGCCUGGUGUUUCCUCCAACGGGGCCCAGACGCAUGUUUCUGGAGCUCGGAACGCAGACGGCGCCGGUGGAGGGGACGCUGACAGUCGCCAGCAGCCGUUCGGUGGGAGAUGCGUCGCAGUGAAGGUGCUGCGGCUGGAAACCCGUUUGAAAUCGACCACCCCUGACGAAAUCUGCAGCCUCAUCGCAUCUGAUGUGCACGUUCUCUCCAGGCAGCUGUUCACGCUUUGGAGCCGUCUGCUGGCGUCCGUGCCCAUCAUCAGCCACGAAAUGGAGCUUCUCUUGCGCGUGAACUGGGAACAGCAGUACGCGUCCCGCCUCUCCGCCUUCGUCCUGCAGCACGUCGUUCCACUUCGGCCCUCAGACAGGCUCUACUUCCCUCCGCCCGCCGUGGCAGAGCUGCCGCACGCGGCGACGGCAGGCGUCUCGCCCUCCGCGCUGAUUCCUCCGGUCGCCGCUGCCUCUGCAGCCGCCGCCGUCGCCGCUCUGGCCCUAGCCAGGCGCGGGAAUGAGGCAAACGGCGAUCGGGACGACAGCCCCGACAAGCCGCAACAGGGGGCCGUGGCGGCGGUUCUGUGUGCCAGCGAGGAGGCGAUGUUGGACUUGGCGGAUGCCUGGCGCGGUGUCGUGGAUGAACUCCACCGGCGACCGAUGGACGUUCACGACUGCCGCCUCCUGGUCGCCAGCGACCGUCACCCGAUUGUUUUCGAGCAGCGGUACCGGACGUGCGCGUUCUCCGUGCACCCCCCCGUCGUGCCGCCCUGUCUGCCGCUGGCGCCUCCUUCGUCUUCUCUCAGCAGCAGCCACGACAUGAGACUUCUGCGGAACAACAUCGCCGUGUUCUUCCGCGGCGCAGCGUUUCUUUGCUCCUCGGCGAACCAGGACCACACCGAGGGAGAUAUCGAGAUGAUGGGCAAGCGGCUAGCGGACGAGGUGCACGCGCACAUUCAGGAGUGCUUUCCUUUGGAAAGCCUUGCCAGGCUCUCUUUUAUCGGCCACUCUCUUGGAGGCGUCAUCAUUCGAGCAGCGUUGCCGCACCUGAUCCGCCCCUAUGGCAGCCGCUUCUUCCUGUAUCUCUCUCUGUCUUCCCCCCAUUUUGGCUUCGUGAAGAGCAAAAGCCGGCUCGUCAGCCUAGGCGUCUGGCUGCUGAAGAAGUGGCGGAAGAGUCUCUGUCUCCAGCAACUGACGUUGAGCGACGCGAAAGACUACUCUCAAGCAUUUUUGUACCGGCUGAGUCGCCGUCCAGGGCUGAGCGAGUUCCAACACAUUUGUCUAGUCGCGUCGUCGCAGGACACCUACGCCCCUCUGCAGUCUGCCGCGAUUUUGCUGCACCAUCCGCGGGCUGCCUCAAUCGAGCCGUCCGGAGCGAGCUUCAGUCAAGGCGCGCGAGUCGGUUCGGGCCCGAAGGCCUUCGCGAGCGCCGAUGCGUCUCCGUCCGAGCGGAUGCGUCCUGCAGGCCAGGAAGUCCGCAGUGGGUUGGCGCCUCACGCAGGCGCGUCGUGGGAAGGCGCGAAUGGAUUGCUUCAGGAGCUGUUGGGGAAGGGCGAUGCGGCUUCGUCUGGGCGUAAGGACUCAGGGACGACGCGGAACGCGAAAGGCAGGCGAAGCGAGGGUGACGACACGGAAGAGGCAGAGCAACCGACCCGGCAAAGCCAGGUUGUGGAGUUGAUGGGCCGCAAUUUGCUCGGCAAUAUCAGUCCGGAAAAGGUCAUGCGACUCAACGUCAACUUCAGAAUCGCUGAAAGGAAUUUCGAUAGCUUUAUCGGGAGAGCGGCGCAUAUUCUUUUUCUGGAGAAUCAGACGUUCAUGCGGACUCUCCUGCUGAGCCACCCUUAUCUGUUCAAAUAA